AGGAGGUACCCUGACAGGCCCAACCAGACCGCGGAAGGAGCGAGAAAGGCAAGUCGGGUCUGCACGCCUCUUCCGCCCAGGGCCCGGAAGGGUGAUGUGGCUGGGGUUUCGCCGGCCUCACUAUGUCUGCCAUUUUCAAUUUUCAGAGUCUGUUGACUGUAAUCUUGCUGCUUAUAUGUACCUGUGCUUAUAUCCGAUCCUUGGCACCCAGCCUCCUGGACAGGAAUAAAACUGGGUUGUUGGGUAUAUUUUGGAAGUGUGCCAGAAUUGGUGAACGGAAGAGUCCUUAUGUUGCGGUAUGCUGUAUUGUGAUGGCCUUCAGCAUCCUCUUCAUACAGUAGCUUGGAAAAAUGCCAGAAUUCAGUUGCAAUCAGAUUUAAAUAUGAAAAAAAGGACUUAUCUGCAGAAAAUAAUGGAAAGAAUGGUUAACCCUUUUAUCUUUGAACAUUGAAUGAGAUAAAUUUUCAGCUGCUGUUCUCUAUUUUUGUUAUUGGACCAAUGUUCUAUAUAAAUAAUUAGGAUGUAACCAUUUAAUACUCAGAGCUUAAAUAUGUCUGUAACAUCAACCUCAGUACUGUCACUACAAUAUUACAUUCUGCAUAUGUCAUUCUAUUAUGUCAGAUACCAGUUUUUAGUGAGGUAUCUUUAAGGCACAUAGGAGAAAACAAAAUUGGUAAAUUACUUAAGUUCCUUUCACCGUGAUUUGGAAACGAUAAAUCUUUAUAGAAUGAGACUUUUUGGACUAGCUUUUUUAUUGGGAAAAAAAAAAAGGUUCAAUUCGUGUUGGUAAGGACUGCAUUCAUAUUUAAUAAUGCUUGCUUUUCCUCUGGCCACAUCAUUUUGAGCAUUAACCAGAGUACCUCUACUGUUAGCAAACUGUAGUUUAUUACAGGUAUUUAAACUAUUUAAAACAAGCCUAUGCAGUUCUUAAGGAGGAAGAUAAAUGAGAAGUGACUUAAGAGUGCUAUUGAGAGAAUGUUCCUAUUUAACAUAAAAGAAUUCAGAAUACCUGACUGGUGUUAUCGUCUCUGAAACCUCUGGUUAAGUAUGGAUAAAUGUCUUAAGCAUAAAUUUGACCAGCUAACUGUUGUUUUUGGAAUAAGGCUACAUGCUUAGAGUAAAAAAGAGCUAAAUGGAAUGAUAAUCUUACACACGUUUUUCAUUCUUUUUAGUGUUAGGUCUCUACAUUUUAAUUACCCCAAAAUGCAAACUGUGUUUUUGUUUUUUAAUACAGCACUUUAAAUCUAGUUUAUGUUUUGCCUAUAAACUUGAACUGGAAUCUUGUAUAACUUACUACAUGAUGAUAAACAGUUUUCACAUCUACUUACCAUAUGCCAUGGCAUAAAUGUCUUUGAGCUUUGAUGAUAAAGGAGGACCUUCAGUAAUUUUCAUUGAGGCAAGAGGAACAUUGGAAAUGUGACAUAAAUUUUGUAGUAGAGCAGUUAUUACACAUUUAUGGUUAACAUUUCAAAAUUCAGUUAAAGUUUCAAAGCGAAGGAAAACUUCUUAACUAAAAAUUGCCCAUUAUACAUAGUAUUAAUUUGAUAUUGUCGGCUGUUAAUUCCCCAUAAAGAUAAAAAGAAUAAACUUUUUUUUUAAGAAAAAAAAUUGUUUAGAAUUAUUUUUAAAUGAGCCUGCCAGUAGCUGUUUCUGCAGAAACAAAGUAUGGAACUGAAAGUUACCUAUUUUUAGGACCACUUUAAAGUACUUAGAAUUCUAGGAAACGUAAGAAAAUCUUGUUACACAUUGCCUGCUUUUUUUUUGCAAAAGAUAAAAGCUGCUGUUUGGCUGUCAGUAUAUUUGUUUAUUGUACGUUUCUGGCUUAUCUAUAGCUGGUUUAAAAUGGUAUAUUUUGCCUUAAACAGGUUAAUCAGGUUAUAAUUGUUCCUACUCUGCACUGUCUCUUGGGCUUUGCAUUAGGUCAAGGAUUUUCAGGGUAUCCCCAAAAUAGGACUCUUAUCAGAAUAUACAUGCAGAGUAAGUCACCUUUCUGGGUCUAGUUUCUUGAAUGGCCAUCUGUUGUCCAACUCUGCUGCCAACUAGACUUUCCAAAAGCUAUAUCAACUCAUUUUUUAUAUACUAACACAAAUCUAAUAUGAAAAAGGGAGGACUAUUCUAGAUAAUCAGUUCUAGGACAUUUCUUUUAAGUUGGCAUUUCAGAGGAGGUAGGUGGAAAGUAGAGGAAGAAAUAAUUUUUUGGAAAAUUUGUGGCAACAUAUAAACAUUUUACUGUGUGUAGAUGCUGAACAGAAUAGGAAGCAGCUUAUUUCUUAUUUCACGAACCCAUGUCCCCUGCAUCGGCAGGCGGACUCUCAACCACUGCACCACCAGGGAAGCCCAAUGAGCAUUUUCUUUAAUGUAUUUUUUUUUUUCAAAGAA